AUGCAUUCUCUAUGGCCCGGCCUUCCUUCGGUGGACAUGAAAACCCAAGUCGUGAAACAUCCAAUCCGCAAGAAACUCAACUUGAGAAAUGGGAAAAGAAACACUUCUCCUGUUAAUCAACGGCUCAAAGUGGAUGGAUGUCAAUUGGAUCUUUACCCUGUAUCUACACUCUUGUCAGUCGGUGUACACUGGUCACCAAAUGGCUACACCCUACUCGCUUUAUUAGCCAAGGUUCGCAUGCAUGACUACCGGUUUGAAGGAUGUUCCCCUGUCACAGUCCAAGGUCGAAAUUGGGAGAGUAUUAUUGCUAUUCUUCUCUCGGCCCCUUCCAAUCAACGAACCCCUUUUAGUGGUGCGAAAAGCGAAAGUGAAAGUGAAAGUGUAAAAAAAGCCUUCUCCACAUGGGACCGCUGA